UGAAGCCGCAGUCUCUGGAAGCGGCAACACGAAGGCCGCAGUUCUGUUGGGGGUAUCACAGGGAAUUGACCGCAAAUCCCCGCAGGAGAGGAUGGCGUUCGUGACGGCGAACUGGAACCCUCUGGGGGAGGUGUUCUACAGGAAGUUUGACCUGUACACCGUGAAGUGGAUGAUGAGAGAGGACUUUAGUAACUGUCUGAUCACGGCUGCACCAUACGGAGGUCCAAUCGCUUUGAUGCUGAAUGCCAUGCGGAAGGAACGGUCUCAAAGUCUUCGGCCUGUUUUGGAAAUCUACUCCUCCUCUGGAGCUCUGAUAACUUCUUUCCCAUGGAAAAGCGGCCUAGUGGUUCACAUUGGAUGGACUGCCAGUGAAGAUCUGCUCUUUAUACAAGAUGAUGGCACCGUUCUUAUCUACGAUAUAUUUGGUACAUUUAAGAGACAUUUCAGCAUGGGCAAUGAGGUGUUGCAGAAUCGAGUUGUGGAGGCCAAGGUGUUCCACUCUGUUUACGGCUCCGGAGUUGCUAUAUUAACUGGUGCUUUUCGAUUCACUUGUGCUACAAACAUAGAUGAUCUCAAGCUUAGACGACUUCCUGAAAUCCCAGGACUCCAGGACUCCCCGACAUGUUGGGUUGUUCUGAUGCAAGAUCGACAGACCCGAAUCAUUCUGGCUAAUGGAAAGGAUUUAUACAUACUGGAUAAUGCUUCCUGCAUAGCUGUAACUCCUCCAAACCUGGGCCCACAAGUCUGUGCAAUUACCCAAAUUGCUGUUUCAUUCAAUUAUAAAUGGCUGGCUUUAUUCACAGACGAUGGCAACAUUUGGAUGGGUCCAUCGACACUAAAGGACUCGUUGGUUGUGAUCGACACAAAUUAUCGAAUACCGCCUAAGCAGUUUGCUUGGUGUACCAGAUCGAAAAGCACCAACCCUUGCGUCGUGGGAAUCUGGGAUAAACUCCUUUUGGUCGUGGGAAGUUCAAAGGAGAAAAUAAAGUUUCACUUGGAUGAAGAAGUCCACUUAGUGCCCGAGAUUGAUGGGGUUCGAAUCAUCGGUGCUUCUCGGCAUGAAUUUCUUCACGAAGUCCCACCUGCAUGUCAAGAUGUAUUCAAAAUUGCCUCCAUGGCACCUGGUGCACUUUUGCUGGAAGCCCAUAAAGAAUAUGAGAAAGAGAGCCAGAAGGCAGAUGAGUAUUUGCGGGAGAUAAAAGACCAGAAUCUGCUGUUUGAGGCUGUGCAGCAGUGUAUUGAGGCAGCAGGUCAUGAGUACGAACCAGAAAUGCAGAAGACUUUACUGAGGGCGGCCUCUUUUGGUAAGUGCUUCAUAAGCAACUUUCCACCGGACAUGUUUGUGAGGAUGAGCAGAGAUCUGCGGGUGUUGAAUGCCAUUCGAGACAGUACCAUUGGCAUCCCUCUCAGCUAUCCCCAAUACCAACAGAUCACCAUGGAGGUUCUGAUUGACAGACUAGUUUUGCGUAGACUUUACCCUCUUUCUAUAAAGAUUUGCGAGUACAUGAAAAUAUCGGAAUUCAAGGGCGCAAGUCGGAUUUUGGCACAUUGGGCCUGCUACAAGGUGCAGCAGAAAGAGGAGCCUGAUGACAGCAUUGCUCGUGUGAUCAACGACAAACUGGGGGACACUCCAGGGAUUUCCUAUUCCGAAAUUGCUGCCAGAGCUUACGAUUGUGGCAGAACGGAGCUGGCAAUAAAACUUUUAGAGUACGAGCCAAGGUCUGGCGAACAAGUCCCUUUGCUGCUGAAGAUGAAAAGAAGUAAUCUGGCAUUACAUAAAGCUAUAGAAAGUGGAGACACUGACUUAGUGUACACCGUUGUAAUGCAUCUAAAGAAUGAGAUGAGCAGAGGAGAUUUCUUUAUGACUUUGCAGAACCAACCAGUUGCCCUGAGCCUUUACCGACAGUUCUGUAAGCACCAGGAACCAGAGACGCUCCAAGAUUUGUUCAACCAGGACGACAAUCACCAGGAACUUGGAAAUUUUCGCGUGUAUUCCAGUUAUUCCAAUGAAACGACCAUAGAGGGAAGAGUAGCAGCUUUGCAGAAUGCUGUAGAUGAAUACAACAAAGCCAAAAACGAAUUCGCUGCCAAGGUCACGGAGGAGCAGAUUAAGUUGCUGCGAUACCAAAGUCGUAUGCAAAAGGACACUGGUAAAACCUAUCUGGAUUACUCCUUACAUGACACUGUCUACAAUCUCCUGCUGGACAGCAAACUCAAACAAGCAGAACAACUUUACAAAGAUUUUAAGAUUCCUGACAAAAGGUUUUGGUGGCUGAAGAUCUCUGCAUUGGCAGAGAAGCAGGACUGGGAAGAACUCGAAAAAUUUUCUAAAAGUAAAAAGUCACCAGUAGGAUACAUGCCUUUUGUUGAAAUUUGUGUCAAACAUCAUAACAAGUAUGAGGCUAAAAAAUACGUAACAAAGGUCAGCCCAGAACAGAAAGUAAAAGCCUUUAUAAUGGUUGGAGACCUGGAUCAAGCUGUGGAAACAGCCACUGAACGCAAGAAUGAGAACGAGCUGAACAUGAUUCUGUUGAAGUGUACACCAGUCACCGAUCGGUUAAUUCUGGAGAAAAUAAACCGAGCAAAAUCUCAGCUCUUAAAGAAAUGAAGGGCUCACAGGCCGUACUUUGGAAGAUGAAUGCCUUAUUGAAAAAGCUCAGCAUGUGGUCAGUUUGCUGCAGAUCACGAUGACGUCCCUGCAUAUUUGUAAAUGCUUGAAUCUCUUUUGAGGAAGAAUGCAAUUGUCCCCACAUGUGAUUCUGUUUAACCUCGGAGAGAUAUUUGAGUGGAUAUCUGUGGUAAAAUAGUCAGUUAAUGAACAGAUAGCUUGUGACAUGAAGGGGUUGAAGUACUUGAUUCUGCUGUCGGUUGUGUUGCUGAGUUUCCUUCUAUUAUACAGUAUGUAACAAGCUGAAUUGUAAUACUGUUCGUUGCUAUUUAAAGCUUUAGUGCAGCAUCUGCACCAAUUUGUAAAUUAACUAAGUGACGAACUGAAACCCAGUUGAAAACAUUAUAAAUGCGAUUAAAGUGCACUGUUAUGUA